UUUGAACAAGCCAAAAUAGAACAUAUAACAUUAGCAAAGGUGUUUAUCUUUAAAAAAAUGUUAUACUUGUUUGCAAUAGCCAUCCAACGACUCUUCCAUCAUCAAACCAAGAGGCUCCACACCCAACAUAUAUAAAAGACAUCAUUCACCGUCACAUCAUUGAGCGAUUCAAUUAAGAAAUUGUCAAGGUUUGGGAAACCGAUGAAAGAAUAUAAAUAUAUUUUCUGAAAAGAGGUCUUCACCGAAGAAGCAUAGUAGACAAAAGUAAGUACUACAAAUUUUCACAAGUGUUAUGGUUAACAAAGGCAGGUGACACUACAAUGGUCGCGAUCAAGGAAAGAAAUGAAGAAAGCGGAGACAAUGGAGUUUAGGUGGCCACAGCUCUAAUACCAAUUGAAAAGGAAGAAACACAAGAAAAGGGUUUUACACAGAAAAGGAACUGAUGAAACACUAUAUCCCAAAAUGGGAUCCUAGCUUCAGUCGCCAAACCAAACCAAACGUUUGAAAAGAGCCCAAGAUUGUGGUGGAAGUAAUGUUCAAAAUACAGUCAUUGUUGACCAACAACCGGGAAAGGGUAAUUAUACAACAAUCAUAUCUGCCUGCCAUAUAUUCUAUAGAGCAAAAUAACAAUCAAUGGUUUAAGAUUCACAUAAAUCCGGGCAUCUAUUGGGAAACGAUUACUAUUCCCAUUUCGAGUCCAUGUAUCAUUUUAGAAGGAUCCGGUAGCAACGCUACAACAAUUAUUUCUAGUCAACGUGAAACAACAUCAGAUUGGGGAUCUACAUUCAGUUCAUUCGCAACUAAUGUGAUUGUGAGUGACAUUACUUUCAAGAACUCAUAUAAUUUGGAAGGAGGUUCAGAUGAUAUCGAACAGGCAUUGUCAGCUGCUUUCUACGGAGACAAAUCUGCAAUCUUUAACAGUAGUUUUAUGAGUUAUCAAGAUACUUUGUUUGCAGCAAAGGGACGACACUACUUUAAAGACAUGUUAUGUUAUAUUCAAGGUGAUGUCGACUUUAUUUUUGGUUCUGGCCAAUCUUAUUUUGAGAAUUGUAUGAUAAAUGCCACACAGAAGGAUUCGGAACCUUCAGGUUUUGUGACUGCUCAACGUAGGGAAAAUGAUUCUGAUACAAGUGAUUCUGCUCAACGUAGGGAACGUGUCUCUUGGAUGAAAAAAAAAAACCUAAAUAACUCAGAAGUAAAUGAAUAUUCUUUAUCAUCUUUCAUAAAUAAGAAUGGAUGGCUUACCAACAUACUAUAUAUCCUCGUAAACUUCUUGUUGUAGUGUGUCCUUUAAUUUUCUUUCUUAUAGUUGUUUUAGUUGAUUUACGUACCUAGUAGGCUAAUAUGUAACAUGCUGCUGCUACUUUAGCAAUCUUGUAAUAAAGUUUCGAUAGUAUAAAUGUUCAUUUGUUUUUUUUA